AUGGCCGUUAGGCACUUACUUGGGACAUUAAUUUUUAAACCAUUACUAACCCAAACUAGCGAAAAGACUGCUUAUGCAUGUAACGUUCUACACUGUAAAAAUACAGUCUUUCUAAACAAUUUCCGAACGUGCCUUUCGCGGUCUACACCUGGGCUACGUCGGCCGUGCACAAUCUCAUCAUUAGGGGUCCCGAACAUCAGCAUGGCGACCUACCAAGUCCGAAACGAUUUUAGGGCACAUAACCUCGCCACGCACGACUCCCUGGGUAGAAACCCGCCCCCAGUCCUGACACACCGACGAGUAACUUAUGACGGUGUGUCAGAGACGGUGGCACAAUUUGACACCCAGGUGACCCGAGUAGUCAAUGAGUAA